UGUGUAUAUAUACCAGGUACUUUGAUGUGGGGGAACACAAAGCAGCAACAAUGGGUGUUUUCUUUGGCUUGUGGUUCUCCAGUGCCAUUUUUCUCUUCGGGAUUCCCAGAGAUCGAUGUGCAGAUAUAAUUGGAGGGAAAGAAUCGAAACCACACUCAAGACCUUAUAUGGCCUUAAUCAAAGGAGGACAGAUCUGUGGAGGAACGUUGAUCAAACCCAACUGGGUGUUAACAGCAGCCCAUUGUCUGCAGAAACCUUCCACAGUUUUUCUUGGAGCGCAUUCAUUUUCUAAACGUGAGGAUACCCAGCAGAUAUUUAGGGUUGCUAGACAAAUUGCUCACCCAUGCUAUGAUGAGACGACAAAAGAACAUGACCUUAUGCUUCUGCAGCUUAAUGGAACAGCAAAGAUUAACAAAGAUGUGAAAACCAUUAAGCUUACCAAAAAGGGCGAUGAUCUCAAGGCAGGAACCAAGUGUCAAGUAGCUGGAUGGGGAAUGACUCAAAACAGACAGAAGAAGCCAUCUGAUACACUGCGUGAAGUUGACGUCACCGUCAUUGACAGAAAAAUAUGCAAUGAUGGCUAUAAUUAUCGCCCUUUUGUGACAAUGAAUAUGGUGUGCGCUGGAAACAAGAAUGGAGGAAAGGAUUCGUGUUCGGGUGACUCAGGUGGUCCUUUGAUGUGUAAUGGGAAACAAAAAGCCGUUGUAUCCUUUGGUGGAAAAUCAGGAUGUGGUGAUAAACGUCACCCUGGUGUCUAUACUCUUCUCACAAAGAAGCAUAUCUCCUGGAUACAAAAGACAAUUGGAGGCAACCUGACUGCAGGGCUGAGCUACCUCAGAAGACCCAGCCUCCGACACCAUCUUAUCUGCUGGUCGCCUGGCAAUGCCUUGGCCGACUUCCAGCUCUUCCUCCCCUUGGGAGCUAACCGCUUCUUCCCUGGAGAGAGAGGUCAACCUCAAGAUAUAGUUGAAUGGAUAGAAGAAGGUCACCCGUUAGGAUCGUAUAUGGUUGCACUCAUCAAAGGAAAUCGCGUGUCAUGUGGAGGAACUUUGAUCAAAAAGAACUGGGUGUUAACAGCAGCCCACUGUUUUCCGGAUGAAGAAACAUACCUGACUUUUGGAGGUUAUUCACGAACUAAAGUGGAGCACGGAAAACACAAGGCUAACAUUACCAAAACAUUUUCUUACCCAGGAUAUAAUCCGAAGACAUUUGAAAAUGACAUUAUGCUUUUGCAGCUUCAGUCAGAAAAAGGCCACCCUCCACCUGUAAAAACCAUUCCACUUUCCCACGCAUCUGAGGACAUCAAGGGUGGAACCCAGUGUGUCGUAAUUGGGUGGGGAACAAUUAAUAGAAGAAGCGGAUUUGAUGGACUGCAUGGAGCCAAUGUCACCAUCAUUAGCAGAAAGGUCUGCAAUGACAAGCACCACUAUAAUUCUAACCCUCCUGUGACAAUGAAUAUGCUGUGUGCUGGUGAAAAGAAAGGCGGUGCAGACAGGUGUAUGGGUGACUCUGGUAGUCCUUUAAUAUGCCACGGGGAACAAACUGGAAUCCUCUCAUUUGUUAGAAAAUGUGAAAAUCACCGAUACCCUGGCAUCUAUGCUCGACUCACACGCAGCCACCUCUCCUGGAUAGAAUCAAUCAUGAACAAUGGCACUAUCUGAUCACAUGAUUUUAUGAUACUCAUUUUUGAUACUCAUUUAUGAAGCUUUUCUUUGUUUGCUUGUGAUUCAGUAUAGGCUCAUCUUAUUCAUCUCUAUAGAUGAAUCUGUUAAGUGAUACCCGCUUAACAGAUGCGAAGCAGAUACCUCAGCACCCAAGGCCAACUGUGGGAUCUAAAUGCUGAUCUAAAAUCUA